AUGACAAGAACGCUGCUUAUUGGUGUCGAUGUCGGCGGAACCAACACGGACUCUGUGCUUUUGAACCCAGAAGAUUUUGACAAGGAAAACAGAGGUGUUCUGGCUUGGUACAAAUCUCCAACUACCAGUGAUGUUUCCGUGGGAAUUGAGAACGCCAUAGACACUCUGUUCUCUAAUUGUUCUGCCAGCAAGUUCGAAGUUGCCAGUGUCACGAUUGGAACUACUCACUUCAUAAAUGCCGUUGUCGAGCAAGAUAGGGCAAGGUUGGACAAGGUUGCAGUUUUGAGACUCAUUGGGCCAUAUGCUGCUCAUGCUCCACCCUUUGGAGGAUGGCCCGAAGGAUUGGCCAAGAUCACCAGAGGCUACGUCAAAUCUUUGGAUGGCGGUGUCUAUGUCGAUGGAAGAGAAGUUAAGCCGUUGAAUGUUGCACAGAUCAAGGAAGCCAUUUCUGAGGUCAAGGCUCUCGGUAUCAAGGCCGUCGCCAUAGUAGGGUUGUUCUCUCCAAUGUCCCAUACCCACGAGGAUACGGUUGCGGAGAUGGUCAAGAAGGAGAUUGCUGGUGUCAACGUUGUUGUAUCUCACUCUGUUUCUGGGAUAUCGUUUAUCGAGAGAGAAAAUGCCACCAUUUUGAAUGCCUCCAUCAUGGGAUUCGCAAAGAAGAUCAUCACCUCUUUCCGGGCGGCCGUACGAAGACUCGGGAUGAAUUGUCCGGUAAUGUUGACUCAGAACGACGGAACCAUCUCACCGGCUUCAGAGGCGAUGCAGAUACCCGUGCGGUCCUUUUCUUCAGGUGCUACAAACUCCAUGCGUGGGGCCUCGUUUCUAUGCUCCAAGGAAGCUGAAACUGUAGGGAAGUCCGUGCUUGUGGUGGAUAUUGGUGGUACCACAACAGAUGUUGGCUUGUUGCUUCCUUCUGGUUUCCCAAGACAGUCCGCUUCAUAUUCGGAUGUGGGCGGAGUGAGGACCAACUUCUCAAUGCCCCAUGUCGAGUCCAUCGGUCUUGGUGGGGGCUCUAUCGUGAGAAUCAACGGAACUGACGUCACCAUCGGUCCAGACUCGGUCGGGGCAGAGAUCACCAAGAAGGCUCUAAUUUAUGGUGGCUCAGUAGCCACUACCAGUGACAUGACCGUAGCUAUGCUGCAGGACCAAGGUUCUGAUCUUCAGUUGCUGGGCACUCCCAAGCUGGUUAAAGGCAAAUUCAAUGGCGACAUUCAAAAAGCUUACUCCGCUGAGGUGAAAGUUCUGCUGGAGACUGUUCUCGACAGAAUGAAGACUUCUCCUGAGCCGCUGCCGGUAUUGUUGGUUGGAGGUGGUUCCAUCAUAGCACCUGACCACCUGGAGGGUGCGUCCGUAGUACUCCGUCCACCAUAUUUUGGAGUGGCCAAUGCCAUUGGUGCGGCCAUUGGAAAGCUGUCGUCCAGUCUACAAACUAUCAAAAAAGUGAGUCCUGGAAGCGACAAUAAGGAUGAAAUUCUGACAGAGCUGAAGGCCAAAGCCGUUGACGAUGUUGUAGCCAAAGGUGCCAGAAGAGAAACUGUUGUCAUGGCAGACUACAGUGCGUCCCCAAUCCCUUACGUCUUGAACACCAUUAUGUUCACGGUCAAAGUUGUUGGAGAGGUUGACUAUGAGACACUCACUUAUGCUGACUCGCAAGGUGAUGGCCUUGCUGACUGCACAGUUGGUGGUGGCGAGAUCGUGAAGGACUCCAGUUUCAAAGACGAUGCUACCGUGGCCAAGACAAUUGACAUCAAGACUUAUCGCCCCACAGUCAAUAGUAAGAACCAAUGGAUUCUCAGUCUGACGGAUCUCGAGUUUAUUCGCACUGGUGUCUACAUUCUUGGGUGCGGUGGUGGUGGUACUCCGUAUCCCCAAUACCUAGAGUUAAAGGCCAUGCUGGAGAAAGGCGAUGUCAUCAGGUUGGUAGAUCCUAAGAAUGUUCAGGAAUAUUCAGACAAAAACCAUGAUACCAAAGACGUGGUUAUCGUUGGGUUUCUGGGCUCACCAACUGUAGCCGAGGAACAGAUCCAUGGUAGCGAUCUGAUGGACGCCUACAAGUUGCUUGUUUCUGAAACCAAGCAGGAGGCCAACCUGGUCAUUGACUUUGAAAUCGGUGGUGCCAAUGGCAUGAGAGGUUUGUUUUUUGGGUCGUCAUCCCAGUUAAACGUCCCAGUGGUGGACGGUGAUCUCAUGGGUAGGGCGUAUCCAUACGUGUACCAAAUCCUUCCAACAGUGUACUCUGACUCGGCCGUUUACGCACCAUCGGCCAUGUCCGAUGGUAAUGGCAACAACCUUGUGAUGAAGGAUGCAAUCAGUGAUUUCAUGGUAGAGAGCGUCUACAGAGCCUCAUUGGCCGAGAUGGGUGCACAUUGUGGAACUGCAGCAUACCUUUCCUCCAACCAGGUGGUAAACCAUAGUGUUCACAACUCCUUUUCGCUAGCAUGGAGGAUCGGCCGUGCCGUACACAUUGCCCGUAUCUCCUCGGAAAUUGACCAUCUUCCUCAGAAGAUCAUCGAUGCUGUUGGUGGAAACAACACCGCCAAGCACAUGUUUUCUGGUAAAAUUGUGGGAGUCGAAAGAAGGCUGUUCAAGGGCCAUGUCUACGGUGAAUGUUUGAUACAGGAUGCCAACGACGAGUCCAAAUAUCUGAAUGUUCCUUUCAAAAAUGAGAACAUUCAUGCUGAGCGCCGUGAUUCUCCAACCUCGAAGGGCGAAAUUAUAGCAUCAUGUCCAGAUCUAAUAUCUGUGAUUGACCAAGAUACUGGGGAAGCUCUCGGAACUGCUGAAUACAGAUACGGUCUUUUGGUAUUUGUUCUUGCAAUGUCGCCCAGUAAUAAAUGGACUGAUUGUGCUAAGGGAAUUGCCAUUGGAGGGCCAGCUGCAUUUGGCUACGACUAUGAGUAUAAGCCCAUUGGAACGUAUUCUAAAACUGUGAGUGUCAUUGAGGAGUAUGGCGAAGGCCAGAAUGUGUGA